AUGGCCGACACGGAGUUUGAGGAGCUCCGUCAAAAUCUCGACACAUUGCCAACGUUCCGGAAGGCUCCAGCCCCGUUCUAUUCGUUGGUAGCGGAUCUCGAUUUGGACGAUUCGCCAUCGUCGAAAAGUGAUGCAUCGUCCGACCACGAGGAAGAUGGUCCGCUUUCGACGAGCGAUGGUACGGCGGAAUCAGUACUCAAAGGUACGCCCAGCAAGACGCAGCAAAUCAUCCAGACGAUCAGCACGAUCAGCAGCAGCAGCAGUACGGGCGAGGAUGAUGAACUUGGUGACGGAUUGCGCACCGUAACGCUUGGACCACGGAAGUCUUCGAUUGUGGCCGACGACGAAGAGGUGCUGGUGGUGUCCGGUGGUUCGGGCCCGGAAAGUUUGCUCCAGCUGCACCUAACUGGGACAUCAGGGGCCGCCAAGAGCGCGGUAAUCGAUUCGCAUGUGAGCGCAUCGCACCAUCAGCCGAACGUGGGACUGUGUGCCACUGUUACUUCUGUACCGGUGGACGUGACGUCGACGAACAGUGCGCAGCUAGCACGGACGAGCUCUCUCCCAUGGAUCCCGGGACAGGUGGAGCGAAGAAGGCGCAAGCUGCCGGAGAUUCCGAAAAAUCGUAAAUCUUCCGUGCUACAGCUGCUAGCCGGCCAGACCUCGUUGGCAGACGAGCUUAGCGCCAGCAAUCGAAAGCCACACUAUCCUUCGGCACAGUACCAUCCAGGUGCCAGCUUCUUCAAACAGAGCUCGCUGCUCGCACUCAAGUGCAGCUACCUGCUGGACGAAGACUCGAGCCCCGACUCGGAACGGUUGCAGAGUCUCGGCGAUGUCGAUAGCGGCCACAGUACGGCCCACUCACCGAACGACUACAAGAGCAUGUCCCCGCCUCCACCGCAAGCGGCAUCACCGGUAACGUCACCCUUCCCACCGCCCUACGGUGGCGUACCGUUCAGCCAGCUGGAGAUGCUCGAGGCCACCCAUCGGGCACUGCACAAGUUCAUACCGCGGCACCACGACGAGAUUGAGAUUGAGAUCGGCGAUCCAAUCUACGUGCAGAAGGAAGCGGAAGACCUUUGGUGCGAGGGAGUUAAUCUGCGCACCGGUCGGCAAGGUAUCUUCCCGUCCGCGUACGCCGUCGAUCUGGACUACAACGAUUUCGAUCCGACCUCGAUCGAGAUGAAGCGGGAAAGGUAUUUGCUGGGGUACCUGGGUUCGGUGGAAACGAUGGCCCACAAGGGCACCGGUGUGGUGUGUCAGGCCGUCAGAAAAAUCGUUGGCAAUGGGACGGAGUCACCGAAGGCGCAGCCCUGCAUACUGGAAAUAUCGGACCAGGGAUUGCGAAUGGUUGACCGAUCGAGGAACAAAAAAUCGAAAGGUCCCUGCAUAGACUACUUCUACUCGCUGAAGAACGUGUCGUUCUGCGCGUUCCAUCCACGGGAUCAUCGCUAUAUCGGCUUCAUCACGAAGCAUCCGACAGUGCAGCGGUUCGCGUGUCACGUAUUCCAGGGUACCGAGUCAACCCGGCCGGUAGCAGAAGCCGUCGGCCGAGCUUUUCAGAGAUUCUACCAGAAGUUCAUAGAAACCGCAUAUCCGAUAGAAGACAUCUACAUAGAUUAA